UAAGCAGAUGGCAAGUGCUUCAAGGCUUGAAUUUUAAUUUAGGAUGUUUUAACUCUUUUCUGUGAACAGGAUAUUUAAUUUUUGUUGCAUGGAUUAACAAUAAUGACGGAAUAGAUGCAGUUAUGGAGCGAACGUGUGGUCGGUUCAUAAAACACCGUUGGGAGACAAUUUUUGGUAUUUGUUUACUAUGCGCUUCGUACACGGUAUCUCUCGAACUUGCUCAAUGUCGCACCUCCCUGGGAAUGCAGUCAGGGGAAAUCCCAGACUCCGCCAUCACUGCAAGUUCCUCGUAUAACGAUGACAGUGUGGGACCACGCAACGCAAGGAUACGCACAGAGAUCAAUGGCGGUGCUUGGUGCCCCCAGCACGUCAUCAAGAGGGACUCGUAUGAAUACCUGCAGAUUGACCUUGGCCGACUGACUGUCAUCACCAUGGUUGAGAUUCAGGGGCGAUUUGGAAAUGGACAGGGUCAAGAGUUUACGGAGGAAUUCCUGUUGGAGUACCAGCGUGAAGACGGCGGGGAGUGGAUGAGGUUUAGAAACAAACGAGGAGAAGAGCGGUUCGAGGGCAAUGACAACACAUAUUCAGCUGAGCUUCGGGAAGUCUCUCCUCCAAUCAUUGGGAAGCGGGUCCGGUUCAUCCCCUACUGUCGGACUCCCCGGACAGUCUGUCUACGGGUGGAGCUCUACGGUUGCCCAUGGAAAGAUGGCAUUGUCACGUAUUCCAUGCGUCAAGGUGACAAGCGCGGGACGGAAGUGGACUUCUUUGAUUUCACCUACGACGGUCUGAUAACGAAUAGCUUCCUGCAAAACGGUCUCGGCCAGUUGACAGACGGAGAGGAAGGGGACACAAAUUUCCGCCUCGACCCCCAAGAGCUCGGGAUCAAAGGUUACGAGUGGGUUGGAUGGAAGAACGACACACUGAUAGAUCCUGGGCCUGUUUCGAUAGUGUUUAAGUUUGACACGGUGCGGAAUUUCUCGUCGGUGACUUUGUUUUGUAAUAACUACUUCACAAAGGAUGUGCGGGUGUUUAAGACGGCGGCGAUAUAUGGAAGUGUUGGGGGAUUGUACUUCUGGCAGAAGGUGGAUAAUUAUCAUUUUAUAAGAGACACUGUGGUGGAGUAUGCGAGGAAAGUGCAGAUAAAGCUUGGAAAUAUGAUUGCCCGUUAUGUGAAAGUGGAUUUGUACUUUGAUGCCAAGUGGAUUUUAAUCAGCGAAGUGCAGUUUGACUCAAGUCCGGUUGCGUUCCCUGGUAACUACAGUGAGGAAUUACCACCCCCAACAACAGUUACCACGGCAACCAGCACUAAACUCAGUAGCAACCGGAUGAAGGAUCCUGAGCUGGAUGUGGAUUUGAGCAAUGGCCCCAGAAUUCAUAUAGGUCAAGACGGCCUUCCAGAUGGUAUAACCGAUUUCGAUGCUAGAAAGGGCUCCGACAAAAAGACGAAAAAUGACGAAAACUACCCACAGCAUAAGCCUGAGGAAAAAAAAUCCUUCGAAGAACAGUACAUCCCUAUAAUCAUUGCAGCUCUGGCGUGUCUGAUUGUUGUCCUCUUUGCCAUCGUAUGUUUCAUCGUGUGUCGCCAUCGACGACGGAAACAGAACAACAACCGUCUUGGCAUGAAACCCGUUGUUGACCACGUGACCAUGAAUAUGAACCAGGUCAACAACACGUUCCACCACACGCUGAGCGGGAAAAUGUCCAACGGGACGAUGUACAAGGGUCUGCCAAAUGAGGAUAUGGACAUGCUGCAUACGUGUAACGGUGCGGACAAAGUUUUAAAGGGUUAUUCUGACCCGAAAGAUUCCAUUCAAGGUCGCAAUUUACCCGACCUCCCCUCCUCUAGUUCUGAAUUGCAAGAUUCUCGUGACUACGCUGUACCAGACGUCACAAAGUCAGCCCUGAAGGUGGCACUCCCGCCCAUCUACCCGCCCCAGGUCCCAAAGCUCCGGGGCAUGGUUCUUAACCAGCUCGACCUCACCCCACCAAACUAUGAUGCGCUGUACGCAGCUGCAGAUGUCGUGCAUCAACAGAGUCUCAACAUUCCAAACCUCCAGGGUGCCACUGGAAGCAGCGUGUACUCGAUUCCUAACGCCGAGUUGUUACUCAGUCUCGACUUGUCCGUGGUUGAGUUUCCUCGUGAAAACCUGAGAUUUGUUGAGGUGCUGGGAGAGGGACAGUUCGGGGAGGUUCACCUUUGUGAAGCGGUUGACAUCGAUGACUACAUCCAGGAAGACUGCCAAGUCAACCGGUACCUCAACCGGCCCAUCCUGGUUGCAGUUAAGAUGCUUAGGAAGGAGGCAGACGACAGGGCCAGGGCAGACUUCCAAAAGGAGAUAAAGAUCAUGUCCCAGCUGAAGGACCCCAACAUUGUGCGUGUUCUUGGGGUGUGUAUCAGGGAGGAGCCGCUGUGUAUGAUUGUGGAGUACAUGAAGUAUGGAGACCUCAACCAGUUCCUGCUGGACCACGUACCCGAGUCUCCCAUGGCAGAGGCAACCCACGCAAAGACGUUAAGCUAUGGUUGCCUGAUCUACAUGGCGUCUCAGAUCGCCUCAGGUAUGAAGUACCUGGAGUCUCUGAACAUGGUGCAUCGUGACCUGGCCACCCGCAACUGCCUCGUGGGCACAAACUUCACAAUCAAGAUUUCAGACUUUGGCAUGAGUCGGAGUCUGUACAGCGCUGAUUACUACAGAAUCGAGGGUCGUGCUGUGCUGCCCAUUCGAUGGAUGGCUUGGGAGUCUAUAUUACUGGGCAAGUUUACGACAAGGUCAGACGUCUGGUCUCUAGGAGUAACCCUGUGGGAAAUACUUACCUUUGCACGCGACCAACCGUAUGAUGUCAUGAACGACGAACAAGUGAUUGAGAAUGCGGGGCACUACUACCGCAAUGACAAUAAACAAAUUUACCUACCACAACCUGUGAACUGUCCCAAGGAAAUAUACGACCUCAUGCUCGAGUGUUGGAAUCGAACGGAGUGCGAGAGGCCGAGUUUCCGCGAAAUCCAGAUGUUUCUACAGCGCAAGAACAUGGGCUACAACCCGAAGGAUGAAAAGAUGAACCAGAUAAAGGUCCCAAUUUGCUGACUAACCGCCCACAAGGAGUCGGGAGAGGGUUCAAUCUCCAAGCCGAGUAAUUUUCAAUCAGAAUGCGGUCAAAAAAAUGUUGCUCCAUUACGUUCAAGUUUUGUUGAACAAGAUUGCAGCAGAAAAUUGAAAAUUGCAGUUGUUGCUCCAUUGCGCACAAGUCGCGACUCGAUUUCUUGUUUCAUUGGUCAGCCAUUUUCGGAGCUUCCUAAUUUUAAUGAAGCUGAUUUGGAUCCAAGGACUGUAACAAUGAUGAACUGCGAUCACAAACUAUUUGAAUACAGCGAUGAGGAUGUUUCUGAAACGGAGAACAAGGACGUUGUGGACGUUCUGCUACGCAAUUCACUUUCAGAAAAUCCAAAAGUUUCAUUAAAAGGGAAGACAGCUGUUAGAAAGGGUGAUAGUGAAGCAGAGUCUGCUGUCAAACCAGCCUGGACUGGAAUAAUCUCUAAACCAUGUCCUGUGGUAGUCUCUAAACCAACUGUGCAAAAGGGAACAAACUAUAUUCCGGCUUGAAACUCAGAUAUUAAUUUAAUCUGACAAUUCCCUCACAAGUUGUACCGGUGUAUACCGGUACUCAAAAUAUCUGCAGUUUUUCAUGAUUAAAAGGCAGAUUUCUCACAAAGAACUUGUUGUGCAUACCAGAGUCUAGUGAAAAAUGGGUUUGUCAUUUUCUGCAAGAUAAAGUUGCAAAUGUCUUACUACAGAUUACAUGUUUGCGUUUGCAAUUAAAUAAAUGCUUUCCUGUAAACUUUGGUUACAAGAUUGCAGUCGGGAACGUAAGACAUGUGCACACUAGUGCGGUCUAAUUGACAAGGGAAUGUGAAAAGUAUUACUCUAGGGAAAACAUUGUAUUAAUGAGGAUCGUUACAUCCAGUUAAACAUUGGGACAGAUCCUCCCAAUGGUACGGGGUGUGUGCAUGUCUGCACAUAAUUACAGAGAACACUUCAGUGUGCAGAAAGCUGUGUACAUUUGCAGGCUUUGUAUUUUAUGUCAAUUUUAUUUUUUGUAGACACAAGAUGGCACUUUGGAUUCCAGCCAAGGAUGAAAGUUUUGUUUUUCCUUGGAAUUUGAGCAUGAAAGUGUUAUAUCUGCUUAAUAUUCAUUGUCAGAUAUAGUAAUUCAAAGUUCAUAUGAAUUCUGACAUAUUUGUUAUUUUCAUCAUGUGUUCAGACAUUGAAUUCGGAAUUUGAGAUUUAACUAGACUGAUCACUGUUCAGCUAUGUUGGUUUUUUUGUGUGAAAUGUUUCCUUUUGACGACAGAUUCUUUCUAGAUGUUUUCUGAAGAAAAAAAACAAACAGAUUGGUUCCUUGCAUUUAAAGCGCUGUCUGGACAUGACAUUGAGCUUGCAUUGCUUGUCAUUUGUAGUAUAAUCAUUUUGAAUCAUAAUUCAGCCCAUUAAUGUUUUGAAAUCAUUUUCUCAUGUUGCAUAACAGAUUUGACGUUAUUUCAAGCAACCAGGCUUUUAUAAAGGUGUCUUGAAGCCAACUUUGAUGUAUUCUGACACACAGUUUGUCAUUCAAAUUGUCCUUGUUGAUGUUGUAAUGAGAUUUCAAGUCAUGCUUUAAUUAUGUUCUUCUUUAAUAAAGAUUUAUAAAACCUCACAUUAAAAUUAAUGUACUCAUUUAGGCUGGUGUUUAUGAAGGCUUACAGAAUAGAGAAAAUCUCAGUAUGAUAAUAUAAGUUCAGUGGUUUGUUUGGUUUACAGUAAUAACUUUAAAGUACGCAAUAACAAUUAUUGAAAUAAUUUACACAGGUGUGAUAUUUAUAGUGUCCUAUAUUAAUUUUGUCUAACAUUAGAUUGAUUGAUUUAUUAAUGUCAGAAUUGCAGUUUAUUUAUAAAAUUUAUAAUUGGCACCAAUCAUGAUACUGUUCAUAUGAAUUAUUGACAUAUUCAUCAGUUUAACAAUUGAAUGAUUUAAGUACAUGAAAAAAAAAUCAGAUGUUCAUGAAUUAUUUUACAUGGUUGUUGUACACAACCAAAUUACAUUAUAUAUAUGUUUUGUAUAUAUUGAUGUGAAAUUGUACAAAUGUAUAUAGUCAUAGUGUUGUUCUAUUGAUAACAGAAUUUAAUUGCUUCUUGUAUGUGCCACUUUCCAGCAUUUCUGAUUUGAAAUAUAAUUUAAUGUAUCAAAAAUACAUGCAUUUCUCCACUUUAAUGAAUUAUCUCUUUAAAUAACUGUUUGGUUAGGAAGGACAACAUGGUCACUUCUUUUUGUUAAUGUAAAUUAAUCUUCAUUAUUCCAGAAAGUAGCUUGUCUAAUUUUAAGAGUUUAAUUCAUAUGAAAAAUUUAAAUUCAAUACUGCAAAAGUAAUUGAUUGCACAAAUUUAAGUCAAAGAUUGGGAUAUGGAAAGAUCCAGUCAUUGUCUCAAUACAAUAUAGUUUCCCUCUUUGAGAUUCUUAUAAUUUUCAAGUUCACAAAAGGCAGGAAGAAUGUAUUUAUUAAAAUAGUUAACUGUUUUAACUGUUUGCCCAUGGUUGGGCGUAAUUAAUAUAAUUUUGCACUAAAGUUUACUCACAAUUUAAUUUGAAAUUUAGUAACAUUAGGAGGAAUAAAACUUGGAGUCAAUGAUGUGACUAAUUCAUUUACUUUUUUUUAUUCAAUUGUUCAUAUACUUUGUGUUGUAUUAAUUUGUGAUUGUACAUUGUAUUGACAUUUUCUAGUCAUUAUGGUUUCAAUGAAAGGAUUUUUUUAACUUGCAUUUUACUGAAUAGCUUUUUUUUAUCUACAAAUUGUGAACAAUAUUUUAUUGUAAAUGUUUUGCUGUUCUUGCUGUAGGAAUUUAUGAGAUUAGUUGAAAAAACAACAUUGUAAUAUUAUGCAUAUAAAGUGCAUAUAUUUACAUAAUUAUUAAAACAAAUGUUUGCUACAGAAACAUGUGAAAGACGUAUGUGUUAGUUUAAAAGAAAAAUGGUCAUUUAGUAACUUCUUUGUCACAAGGGAAGUAAUUCUUUAAUGUAUGAUUAAACUACAUGGUUGUCUCCCAUGGAUUGUAAAAAAGGAUGACAUUUUUUGCGUUUUGCUCAUUUUCUGCACAAUUGUAUUUGUUAACAAUGUUGUGUCAAUCCUUUUGUGUACAUUUUGUAGUCAUUGUUUCUCUCAAGUCUAUUUUAACCAAUGGCAUUGAAUAACUUCAAAACUUUAUAAACAUAACUUGAUAACUAGACACAAAAUGCAAGUCUUUGUAAAGAGAUAACGAACAUAACUUUACUGGUUAAAGAUUCAUGAACCAUCUUAUCCCUUUCCCACUUUGAAGCAACUUCACAAUGGCUAUUUGCAAACAGCAUAAAACCAGAACAACCUGGUAACUCACAGUCUGUUCAGGUUUUAUGCUUUUUUGCUGUUGAUCAGUAUCUAAGGUUUUGAGAUGAAGCCUUAAAAACUUGAAUCUGGUAAGAAAUGUCUUAAAUUAGAUAUAUAAAUUUUUUAGGGGGUUCAAAUGCACAAAAAUACGUAUCUAAGUGUUAGAGGUUUAAUUCAGUUAUUAAAUGUGUCCAGAAUCUCAUAAAAAUACAAGUGUACAUAUAUUGUUUCAGUAUUUGUCUACUAAAUAUACGCACUUGAAUUAAGUGUAUAUGUAUUUUCAAACACAUUUUAUAUGUUUUAGCUUAUCAUUUCAAAUGCAUAUAUAUGAUAAAUCUUUCUUAACAGACAUAAUGUACAUCAAACUUAGUGCUGGCUCUGUAAACAUAUUUCCUAUGUUCGUCCGUCUGUAUGUGUUCAGUGUUUGCCCUCCUAUUGUGUAUGAAUCUGCGGGUGACCCAGCCCAGAUUUCCACGUCUUUGAAUACUUUAUCGUUUAUUUAUCGAAAUAUUUCAUAAAAUAAAAAUGGAUGAAAUAAAA